AUGGUGUCGAUGAGCACAGCAAGGAAUCUUGAGAGGUUCAAGGCGAAACCCGCGGGCAUUAUCCUCUGGGUAGUGAUAGAAACUUAUAAAGACUACGUAGGACGAAAUCGAGAGGCCGAUUAUUCCUCCAGUCUGCUGGGGCUGGUUAGCGGGUUACACCAGUUCCUGUGUCUUGGUGAGCCAAGAUCCACCGAGAAAGACCUGCUGGAUCUCCGAGGCAAGGCCAUCUUCAUCACGGGGGUGAACGCAGAUCUAUGGAAGAAGAUCGCCUGGAUCAUCUAUUCUCGGAAUGCCAAGGUCUACAUGAUGGCGCGUUCUAAGGCGAGGACCCGAACGGCCAUAAAUACCAUUAGAGUCACGAUGCUUAAGUGUAGCGGGGAGUUGAUCUUUAUAUACUUGGGCUUGGCCGGCCUCACCACCAUGAAGUGCGUCGAGUGCCCGGAGAAGGGUUCUAAGACGGCACAGGGCUACGAGCUGCAGUUGGGGGUGAACUGCGUGGGACCGUUCGCACUCACGAAGCUGCUCACGCCAAUGCUUAUGGCGGCGGCGGCGGCCCCCGGAAACGUGAGGGUGGCGUGGAAGCAGUCAGGGGGAGAAUCAGUGAUCCUGCGCGACUUCGACGAGCGCCUGCCGGCGAUCACGACCAGCGGCGGCACGCUCGACCGCUGCGGCGCUAGCGAGCUUGGAAACUAUCCAAAAUGA